CCGCCUCUGAGAGUCCUGCAUAUGGAACGAGACGGUCGAGACGCUUCCGAUCGAUCGUCAAUAUUUUGGCGAAAAAAGAGCGUGAAAUUCGCGCCGAUUCACCGCGCGUAUGUCGAGAAAAAAACAAUCAUAUCUGUAAUCAAUUAUCCGCGGACGAUUAGCGCCCUGAAAUCUGAUUUGAUGGUCAGUCAUUGAAGAGUGUCCUUUGCAUCACCACUAGUUCAGUGUUAGGCACCAGUAUAGAUUAUGGCUCAGUUAUCAGUAUCGCAGAUGCUUGGUUGGCUGUUCCUAGUCUCCAUGUACCCGUCUUCAACACCCGGCAAAGUCCCACCUACGAGCGCGGAAAUGCGGCAGUUUUCCAGCCCCACAACGGACUGCGCAGGCGCCGACAGCUGCAGCGAAUCUUCUUCGGAAGAGGACGAAUGCAUCGGGCCGGACUGCGUCAUCAGUGACGUCAUCGGCACGCGAAGGAAACGCUCUGACGUCACACUGGCUCCCGGAAGCCCCGAAGACACAACCAUCUGGGACGUCAUCAGGACCCGAAAAAAACGCUCCGACGCCACAUUGGUACCCAAGAAGACCGAUGACACCCUCAGCAGUGACAUCAUCGGCACGCGAAAGAAACGUUCUGAGGUCAUAUUGAUAGAGAUUUCUAGCCCGACGGCACACUGCGAUGACGCGGACCCCUGCAGUGAAUCAUUUUCGGAAGAGGACGAAUGCAUCGGAGAUUGCGUCAUCAGUGACGCCAUCAAAACCCGAAAAAAACGCUCUGCCGUUGCACAGGUCCCCCAGCGAACCACAAGUGACGUCAUCGGCACUCAAAAUACACUCUCUGACGUCGGAUUGGUGCCCGGGCAAGCCGAGGGCAUCCUUCUCAGUCACAUCGUCGGCGCCCGAAGGAGACGCUCCGACGACACACAAACUCCCGGAGAUAAUCUCAUUAGUGACGUCAUCAGCACCCGGAAGAAACGUUCUGACGUCACGUUGGUGCCCGGAAAAACCGGCGACGCGACAUGCGCGGACGGAAGCUGCGCUAAAACCGGUUACGGCGUCAUACUCGUGACGUGCGCCGGUGAUAACUGCGGGGGCCCACCCCCGUGCACCUCGGGCUCCUGCGGGGGGCCACCCCCGUGCACCUCGGGCUCGUGCAAGCGCCACGCCCCGGGCCCACCCCCAGGCAAGUGCCCCGGGGACUAUUGCGGGGGCCCGCCCGUGCACUGCGCCGGCGGGGGGUGCGGUAAAAGGUGCCCGGGGGGCCAGUGCAAGCGGCACCCGGGGCCCCCUCCGGCGGGCUGCCGAAGCGGGCGCUGCGGGCCCCCGCCCCCACCGUCCGACUGCUAUGGGGACGAUUGCGACUAUGGGCCCCCGAGCUGCCCGGGGGGCCAGUGCAAGAGACACCCGGGGCCCUACCCUGGAGGGUGUCCGGGGGGCAAGUGCGGAGGGGGCUACGGACCGGGCGGGUGUCCCCCCGGGAAGUGUGGGGGGUACGGGGGGUGUCAUGGUGGUGGCUGUGGAAAAUGAGUAUGAUUAAUUUUUUGACGUCAUACACACUGAAGAAAAGUAUGGUAUUUUUUACCGUACUCAGACACAGUGAUACGAGUACAGGAAUAAACACCAGGUUCUAUGAUAGUAUUUACCAUAUCAUGGUAGGUAUCACCAGAGUUCUAGUAAAUACUACUAUAAUUCUGGUUAUUUUCACUAAAAAGUAUCACUGUAUAAAAAGUCAAGUAGACUAGUAGUAGAUGUUACCAUACGUUUUCUUCAGGGCAGCGAUAUGAGAGGGAUUAUGAAUAUAAUUAGGAUAGUCGUGCAAAUAUUUCGAUGUUGGUUUAAUGUGAUUUUAGACAGGAAUGUUUUUCCCAUUAUAAUUCGGCGAACUUCCAUUUUUCUUGAUAAAAGCUAAUUUAAAUUGCAAAAUUUUUAUGCCAUGAUAACGUAUCCUAUGAAUUGGGUGACUGUUCUAGAGAACUCAUUUUCACCAAAAAUGACUUGAGCAUAACAGCGGUUGUUUUAUUAAACCGUUUUAAGCGUUAAUGAUUCGUGAAGGUAUCCAAGUAUCCUGCUUUUUGAAAGUUUUCAAAAGUAGUCGAAAGAUGUCUACCUCUAAAACAUACAUUGAGGCAAAUGUUAGUAAUUAGUUAUCGUACAUUUUUUUUCGAACAUGGGUUAAAAAAACAGUUUACGUGUAUUUGAUGAAGCGUUCUUGCAUGGCCCGUUGAAUUAAAGAAUUUAGUGUCAAAGGGAUGAAAGUAGAUGCUCGUGUAAAAAAAAAAAAAAAAAAAAAAAAAAAAAAAAAAAAAA